UGGGCGUUGUGCUGCCAGAAGACGAAGAGCGACGUUUGGGACUUCGGCUCUCCGAUCGAUGGGCACGCCGCGACAACAAACACCAACUUCUACUGCUGCUGCUGCUGUUGUUGUUGCUGCUGUUGGUGACUUUUAAUCGGUUUAAAAGUUGUAGGCCACGCGGGUUGUGGCAGCGGCGACAGACCGCGAAUCUUGCGACGCAAGAUCUCAAUCCUCUAGCGGCGGGGCGAGGGGGGGGGUUGUGAGACCUCAUCGUCUUACGUGGGUGGUGGUGGUGGUGGUGGUGUUGGUGGUGGUGUGAGACCUCAACAUCUUUGCGGGAGGUUGUGGCGUGCGGGUGUUGGUGGUGGUGGUGUGCGAGGCGACAUCCUGGGGGCGAUGGACGACGAGGCCGAGGAGGCGGCCCCGAGGCCGGCGCGCCACCACCACGACCACCACCACCACCAGCAGGGUGGCCACCACCACGACCACCACCAGCAGCAGGGUGGCCACCACCACCAGCAGCAGCAGGGUGGUGGUGGUGGUCGUGGUGGCGGCCACGAGACCCUCACUUUGCUGCUGCACGAGGCCCGCACCGAGUCGGCUCUUGCUCAGCGGCGGCUCUCGCGGGCCCGACUCGAGCUGCGGGAGACGCAGUCGCGGCUCGCCCGCUACGAGCCCUGCCGGGUGCUCAGCCUGGGGGGCGGUGGUGGUGAUGGUGGUGGUGGAGAUGGUGGUGGUGGUCGUGGUGGUGGAGGAGAUGACGACGGCCGGUGGGCAGCAGCAGCAGCAGGAGGAGGAGAGGAGCCGCUGGCGGUGUUCUCCGUGCGGAGCGGCCGUCACCUGGUGGAGAGCCUCGCCCUGGAGGUGGCGCGGCUGAGUUCGAGGCGCCUCGGCGGCGGUCGUGGCGGUGAUGGUGGUGUUGGUGGUCGUGGUGGUCGUGGUGGUGGCGGUGUUGGUGUUGAUGGUGGUCGUGGUGAUGGUGGCGCGGGGAGGGAGCCGCACGCCACGGGGCUCGGCACAGACGAGCUGUUGGAUGUGAUCAUGGUGCUGGAGCGGUCUCUGUCGGAGAAGGAUGCGAAGUGGGCCGAGGCGUUGAAGGACGGGGCGGGCGAGGACCUGCCGGGCGAUGGGGAGCGCGGUGACGUGCCCGCUCACGAGCUGCGCGUGCGCCUCGCUGCUGCCACCGAGAUGUGCCAACAGCUCAGCCGCAGGCUUCGGCAGGACGGGCCGGGCAGCACGAGAGUUCGGGACGCCGUCAAGGAGGAGUGGUCAGGUGAAGAGGACCGUCAGCAAAAGGCGUUGCAGCGAUUGGCUCAACUGGAAGAGGAGAACGAAAAACUGCGCAGCGACCUCAGUCACGAGAGGGAGGAGAACGUGCGCUGGAGACAUUACGAAGCCUCGCUGCAGGAGUGCAUUCAGAGCCUGCAGUCGCAGGUCUUGCAGCUGCACGGCCAACUCGCCGCCGCGUCCGGCGAAGGCGGCGGCGCGGCGACCUCGAGCGACCCCGCGGACCCGCGGCACGGCGGCGAACCGGCGGCCUCCGAAGCGUCUUGGCGCCGGCCGGAUCACGCCAGGGCCGUGCCGGUGGAGGCGCUGGACUCGAGCCAGUGGCGGAACCCCGGGGAGGCGAGGUCCGUGUGCUGCGGCGACGCCCUGCAGAGGCACUUCGACGCGGAGGAGUUGAACGCUCUGCGGGCGGAGGUAGCGAGACUGAAGGGCAUGCUGGAGGAGAUUCUCGGAGGCCAGGAUGUGGAGGAGCUGGCCUCGCUGAGGGCCUUCGUGGGAUCCCAGGAGAAUAAGAUCGCCAGGCUGCAGGCGGAGCUGCACAGGAAGGACGCAGCUCACAGGGAGCUGCACGCAAUGUUGCGGAAAGUGGAGGUGGAGCGGGCGGAUGAGCGCAAGUCUUCAAAAGAUUACAAGGAAAACAUUGACUUGCUGAAGCAGCAGAUGAUCAUAUACCAAGAGGACUUCAGGUCGGAGAGGAACGACCGCGAGAGGGCACAGGCGUCUAUCCAGAAGCUGCAAGAGGAAAAUGCGAAGCUACGCCAGCAGGCCUCCAGCUUGGAGAGGAUGAGCCCCAGAGCUAUGGAGGGCGGUGGGCCCCAUCGAUCGGACAGGCUCAACCCUGACAUCGAGCCGGCUGAGCGCGUGGCUGGGCAGGCGUCUCCCGAGGGCGCCACACCAAGACCAAGAGAUGAGGCGCUGGGCUGGCAGGGCGCCCGGAGGUAUUGAGGCUGUGCUGUUGGCCCAGCCUUAGCGAGUGAGGGUGCGCAAGCGAGCUCAUGUCUUGAGCGUUCGAGGUUCCCAGCUACCCAGCUUCCCGAUGGCGUUCGGGUCGAACCGCACGUUGGACAGCUUCGUGGUCCAUCCUAAACCACAUCUGCUGCACAAACCGUGGCAGCAGCGUGCGACCGAGGUCAUCCAGAACAGACCGUACAAUGCAUAACGAUGCAAAUGCCCGAUCCACAAAUACGAAGGAGACAUCGCAGCGAUACAACCCUGCUCGUCCUGACGUCUGAAUUGACCAUCUGAAUGUGAAAUUGUAGUCGUUCUGUAUUUACAUCAGCCGUACGAACGAAGAAAGACGUCUAGGUUUUGCUCCACGUGCUGGUCAAAUCCGCAAUGAGAAAACCCGCGAUGGGCAAAGUCUUAAGUGUAUAUCGUGUUACAUAUACUCCUGAAGUGCAGUGUAUCGUCCGCACACACAAACAAUACUAAAUGUUUAUAUAAUACACUAGCUUUACUACCCGGCUUCGCCCAAGACCUAGGAUACUUGUCUUGGAUUAAUACACGGCCUACGCGGAGGGUGGGGGGGGGAUGCGUGACGUCAACAGGCAAACUGCGUCACGCUGCCGCAUGCGGGUGACAUCACAGAUUUCGAACAGACACACCUAUUCACAAAUUUCCCUUUUAUAUAUUUAGAAUUAUGCUAAAAUAUUCAGAUCUACUGUGUGACAUGUAUUGGGAGGCCAACCAUGUCCUUUGACCAGCAGCAAACAUAGUAGCAUUGCAUUUCAUCCCAACAUUCGCUCACUUUUAAAAAGCACGACACUAAUUAUUUCUGGGUAUAAAAUCUCUCAAGUUCGACUUUGUUGCGGAAUGGAGCCCCAGGGGAACUCAUCCGCAGAUCUUAAAGUCCGACGCAGUGCCCCACCACCCCAUUUGUCAAGUUUGGAUUGAAAUAGAUAUUCUUUCAAAAAUAAGCAUCAUAUGUGUGGUUUGAAAGACAUGUUUAUUUAAGACUCAGAUUUACUUGAAAAAAAGUGAUUUUACAAACGUCAAUGUAAAAAAAAGUUAUCUUUUAACUUUCCUCUUAGCAUAUAGUUAAUGCUUGUUUUGCACGUUGUCAUUUAUGUUGUGAUGUGUACAGUAUUCCCUCGUUAUUCGCGAACUCUCUAUCCACGAUUUUGGCUAUCCGUGAAUUGCAUCUGGAACUCUACACGACAACUGCAUCGAGAGAAAGAGAUAAAGUGAUGAGAGAGCGAGAGAGAACUUCUCAAAUUUUUAGAAGUGUCUGCAGACGUUGCGUGUACGAUAACCAUAGGCCAAUAUCGUUUACCGCGGAAUUUGCUAUUCACAAGCAUUUCCGGAACGUAUCCUUCCUCGCGAAUAACGAGCGAAAAGCUGUACUCAACACCAUUGUGCAUUUUGAUAAAAGCAUCCAAAUUGGGGUGUUUUUUUCUGUGUGCAAUAUCUAUUAUAUUACUCCUUGGUUAUUUCGGUAAAGUCACGUAGAAAGAAAAUAUCUACGUGACUUUACCGAAAGCACCAAAGAGUAAUUCCUGCAGUCACGAAAGCUUCAAGUCUAUAAUAUUGCUGCAGAUCUCUUCAGAACGUGCGCUUGGAGUACUCGGAAGGAGCUGUUAUAAUUGGGCCCGGUGCAGUGUCCAGGCCUGCUCAGGGCCCCCCGUGGAAGCAAGAAAUCCGCCGCCAUCGGCCGAGGCCACGCGUCUCGUUGGACGCUGCAUUUCUGAUGAUGAUCAUGAGCAAUGUAUGUAGGACUUAUUUUGCACCGUACAUAGCCAAACAUGCUAUUCAGAGCUGAGGGGGGGGGGGGGGGCGAAGCAGCCACGGGUCAUCUUCGAGAUCAAGGGUAUUAUUUUAGAUGAGUUGGAGUAAGUUCCUAUUGAGCUCGCAAACAAAAUGGCCAAAUCACAGAAUCUGAUUUGAUCGUUUCUUGAUUGAAAUUGUAUAUUCUUUCUGCCUUGUCCUUCACGAAGUUAGAUAUCAGAUGUUUUGGUGGUGGCCCCUCUUCAGAUGAGGGGGAUAAAUCGAUUUUGUGGUUGGAGAUCACACUUCAAGUGUGGUGGCAUUGAGAAAGUUAAAAUGUUAAAGAUGGCUGCCAGAGGAGCACAUGAGAUGUGUUCACGUCUCAGCCACGCACACCUCUGCAAUUCACCCGUACACGAGUCCACCUCCACGAGGGGAGCUCUGGGUAUCUACUGUUAUCGUGUUUUUUUCCCGAUUGUAGUAAUCUGUCUUAUUUAUAAUAUUCAGCUUUAUUACUUUUAAAUGAUAGUACCUUAGUUACAUUGAUAGUUUAAACAAAAUGGCUUGUAUUCUCUAUAUUACAAGUGUUGGGAAUUCAUCUAAAUUUUAUUUUAUGUAACAUGCUCAAAGAUGCCUCCACUGUGGUGUAUAAUAAAGAUUAUUUAAUGUUUGUAAAUGAUGUAAACACCUUUUAAGAUAUUUGGUAGAAAAUAAAUCCUUUAAAAGUAA